AUGGAGCUGGAGGGUUACAACACUUCUCAUCGUCGACCUCAGGUAGAUCGUCACGAAGGAUACCGAGCGUGGCUCUGCCUGGCCGGCUGUUUCUUCUUCAAUGUAUUGGUCUGGGGCUUCGCCUUCUCAUUUGGCAUACUGCAGUCAUAUUACACCGAGCAUGAGCCAUUCAACCGCCACCCGGAAGGAAUUGCUGCCGUCGGCACGACAGCUACUGGUUUGAUGUAUCUCCUUAUGCCUGUUUACUUUGCCAUUCUGCAAAGGUGGCCAAGGUUGAAGCGAUAUUUUGUCUGGGCGAGUCUGCCGACGAUAGCUAUGGGCCUCAUAGGCGCUUCCUUCGCCAGCACUGUCCCGCAGCUCAUCGUCUGCCAAGGUGUUUUGUAUGCUCUUGGUGGGAACAUGAUGUUUGCACCAAGCUUUACGUAUCUCGAUGAAUGGUUCAUCAGACGGAAAGGGCUGGCGAUUGGCAUCAUGUGGGCAGGUGACGGUACUGGGGGUAUUGUACUUCCUCUAGUGCUCCAAGCACUGCUCUCGCGGUACGGGUUCCGCGCCACAUUGCGCGCAGUUGCAGUCGCAAUGGUCCUCAUGUUGGCACCUUUGUCGAUCUUCUUCAAGCCUCGCUUGCCGAUCCCAGCAGAAUCAGCACCGAGGCCAAUCGACACUGGCUUCCUGCAAACUCCACUCUUCUGGGCGUUGCAGGCGUUCAAUAUUGCGCAAGGCAUGGGCUACUUUCUGCCCUCAAACAAUCUCCCGUCAUACGCGCAGUCUCUUGGUCUGAGCGCUGAGCUUGGCUCGCUCACAUUGAUCAUGGUCAACGUGGCAUCUGCGCUGGGUUGCGUGCUGGUCGGGACGCUCUGCGAUCGUUUCGACGUCCUCAACGUUCUCGUCAUCCUAAGUGUUGGCGCCACUACUGCAAUAUUGGCAGUCUGGGGUUUAGCAUCGUCAGCAACUCCAUUGUUCGUCUUCAGCUUGUUCUACGGACUGACAGCGGGCGCCUAUUCUUGCUCGUGGGGUGGCAUGGCAAAAGACAUCAGAAGGCAGAGCAUCACGGCCGAUACGAACAUUGUAUUCUCUUUCCUCGCUGCAGGCCGCGGAAUCGGUGCAGUGAUCUCGGGUCCGCUAAGCGAAGCUCUGACUAGGAGCCAGGUGGGGAAUGCAACGAGAGUUCGCUUCGCCUAUGACAGCGACUAUCGUUCUUUAGUAAUAUUCGCUGGAUGCACGGCGAUGGCUGGUGGUUGCAGCUGGCUUGUCAGAAGAGCUGGGUUUAUAUAG